GGAUUUCCGGCCUCAACCCCGCUCGUCCAGCAGGGACCUCCCGGCCCCGCAGGGCAUCUCGGGAGUUGUAGUUGUCCGCGCGGCGCGACAUGGCGGCUGUGCGGGCAUUGCCGGCUCUCGCCGCCGCGCUGCUUCUGGCUGCCGCCGGACAGGCCAGCAAGUACUCCCGGGAGGCCAACGAGGGGCUGGCCGCCGCCGACGGCAAGCGGCGGGAAGCCGGGGAGUUCCGGGUGGUGAGGCUGAACCAGAUCUGGGAGAAGGCGCAGCGGCUCCAUCUCUCUGCUGUGAAACUGGCAGAGUUGCAUAGUGAUCUAAAAAUACAAGAAAAGGAUGAGCUGAGCUGGAAAAAACUGAAAGCUGAAGGGCUGGAUGAAGAUGGAGAGAAGGAAGCCAAGCUCAGACGGAACUUAAAUGUCAUUAUGACUAAAUAUGGAAUGAAUGGAAAGAAGGACUCUCAGCUAGUUGAUACCAACUAUAUUAAAGAUGGCACAGAAAGUGACACACUAGAUGAUCCAAGACUCGAGAAAUUAUGGAGCAAGGCCAAGACCUCUGGGAAGUUCUCUGAUGAGGAGCUGGAUAAGCUUUGGCGAGAAUUUACGCAUCACAAAGAAAAGAUCCGUGAAUACAAUAUUCUGCUGGAGACUGUGAGCAGAACAGAAGAUAUCCACAAGAAUGUUAUCAAUCCAUCUGAGGAGAACCUGGUGAAAGAGGAAAUCUUGCACAACAAGCACAGAGAGCUCAAGGAGAAGUUAAGGAGCAUCAAUCAGGGCUUUGAACGUUUGCGUAAAGUCAGUCACCAGGGAUAUGACACAACCAGUGAAUUUGAAGAACCAAGAGUGAUUGAUUUGUGGGACAUGGCCAAAUCAGCUAAUUUCACUGAGAAAGAGCUUGAAUCUUUUCGAGAGGAGCUGAAACAUUUUGAAGCAAAGAUUGAAAAGCACCAUCAUUACCAGAAACAAUUAGAGAUUUCACACCAGAAACUGAAGCAUGUAGAGGAAACUGGAGACAAGGAUCAUCUGAACAGAAACAAAGAGAAAUAUGCCAUGCUGCAAGAAAAGACAAAAGAGCUAGGAUAUAAGGUAAAGAAGCACUUGCAAGACUUAUCCAGCAGAAUCUCUCAAGGUCUCCAACACAAUGAGCUAUAAGAAUUUGUCCUGCUUCAUGGGAUCAGUCUGUUAACACAAAGCAGUUAGUGUGGUUUUUUGAGCAGGGCUUACCAAGGAGUCCUUCUGAAAUAGUAAGGAUUGAACAGAUGUAUCCUGUAAGAAUUUUUUUUUUUGCCUACUUUAUUACAAAUUUUGUAUUUGCACUGUAAAAUUAAAUGAUUAAGUAUUAAGGUUUCACAUCUUGGAUCAUAAGAAUCUUACUUCUGAAUCAAGUAGCAGCCUUUGAAAUAAUCAGUUUUGUCAAAAGGAAACAAAUAUGCAAAAAUCAAAGGAUUCCUGCUAGUAAAAAAAAUACUAAUCUUAUAGUCAGGUAAGGUUUUCUGAUCAAUGAAAGCAAACACUGAGGUACAGGAAGGUUAAACAGGGGCCAGAAAAAGUCUUUAUUUCAAUCCUUGGCCUAUUACAUUUCCAACUUAAGGUUACAAAAAUAUUUUUACUGACUUUGAGCAGUGGCUCAGAGCUGCACUGCUGCACUGUAUAUAAAUCUUUCAUGUGAGAGGGGGAGGAAGGGUAAUGAGGGAACAAGUACUGAGGUCAAUUUGCACAGUUUAGUUAUUGACUAAUGUGUGUGUACAAUUAUCUUGUUCAUGGUUGCUUUGGUUUUGCUACACUUGGUCAUUAAAAAAUCAAAACAAGA